AUGUGGCGCCUGGUGCCCCCGAAGCUGGGCCGCCUGUCCCGCUCGCUGAAGCUGGCGGCGCUGGGCAGCCUGUUGGUGCUGAUGGUGCUGCACUCGCCGUCGCUGCUCGCCUCCUGGCAGCGCAACGAGCUGGCCGACCGGCGCUUCCUGCAGCUCAAUAAGUGCCCGGCGUGUUUCGGAACUAGCUGGUGCCGCCGCUUCCUCAACGGGCAGGUGGUGUUCGAGGCGUGGGGCCGCCUGCGCCUGCUGGACUUCCUCAACGUGAAGAACGUCUACUUCGCGCAGUACGGCGAGCCCCGCGAGGGCGGCCGCCGCCGAGUGGUGCUCAAGCGCCUCGGCUCGCAGCGCGAGCUGGCGCAGCUCGACCAGAGCAUCUGCAAGCGGGCCACCGGCCGGCCCCGCUGCGACCUGCUCCAGGCCAUGCCCCGCACCGAGUUCGCGCGCCUCAACGGCGACGUGCGGCUGCUCACGCCGGAGGCGGUGGAGGGCUGGUCCGACCUGGUGCACUGCCCCUCGCAGCGCCUGCUCGACCGCCUGGUGCGCCGCUAUGCCGAGACCAAGGACUCGGGCAGCUUCCUGCUCCGCAACCUCAAGGACUCGGAGCGCAUGCAGCUGCUGCUGACCCUGGCCUUCAACCCCGAGCCGCUGGUGCUACAGAGUUUUCCAUCUGAUGAAGGUUGGCCAUUUGCAAAAUAUCUUGGAGCUUGUGGAAGAAUGGUGGCUGUUAAUUAUGUUGGAGAAGAACUGUGGAGUUACUUUAAUGCCCCAUGGGAGAAACGAGUUGACCUCGCUUGGCAAUUAAUGGAAAUAGCAGAGCAGCUCACAAACAAUGACUUUGAAUUUGCACUCUACCUCCUGGACGUCAGCUUUGACAAUUUUGCAGUUGGUCCUAGAGAUGGGAAGGUAAUCAUUGUGGACGCUGAAAAUGUUUUGGUUGCUGACAAAAGGUUAAUCAGACAAAAUAAGCCUGAAAAUUGGGAUGUAUGGUAUGAAAGCAAAUUUGAUGACUGUGAUAAGGAGGCUUGCUUAUCAUUUUCAAAAGAAAUUCUUUGUGCUCGUGCCACUGUGGACCACAAUUAUUAUGCUGUUUGUCAGAACCUCUUAUCCAGACACGCCACGUGGCGUGGCACUUCUGGAGGACUCCUCCAUGAUCCACCAAGCGAAAUUGCCAAAGAUGGCCGCCUCGAGGCCUUGCUGGAUGAGUGCACCAACCCAAAGAAGCGCUACGGCAGAUUCCAGGCUGCGAAAGAACUGCGUGAAUAUCUAGCACAAUUAAGUAACAACGUGAGGUAG